CGUUUGUUGGCAGCCUCGGGAUCUCCCCUCCCUCCUCGCGCUGCGGCGGCGGGCGCUCUAGGUUUGGUCCAUCAGUGAGGUGCUGCGGGGGUGCGAGGCGAGCGAUCGGAACAGAAGGAGGCCGGCGGCUGCAGGCGGCCCCGGUGCUGAGGGGAGCUUAUCUGCGGUGCAGCUACUACCUUUUCCCUUCUAUUGGGAAUCUCCACUGUUCUGUGGGCUGUCAGAGAAGACACUACUAAUUAAAUAUAAGCACUUCAAGGGUCUGAAGAGUCCUGGAAGCUGAUAGACGCUGAGGAGAAAUGCAGCUGAAUGGAACUGAAAGGGCCACAGACGCAAGAACUUGGGACACGUUUAUGGAAAAUUAAGCUGUGUUUGGCACUGAUCUCUUUUCCUUAUUAAUAAAGAAGAGUAUUUCAGCGGGAGCUUAGGAUGUAUUAACUCUAACUUGUUAAUAUACUAACUGGGAUAAUGUGCUGACAACAAUUCUCCGUAUUAAGGUACUUGUCCUGCCUGCAGAACACUUUUCUCUACUGAUAAUGCAAUUCAAUGGAGGAAAGUAAUGUUUUGAUAAGUAUGCGUGAAGAUCAUUCCUUUCAUGUUCGCUACAGAAUGGAAGCUUCCUGUCUGGAGCUGGCCUUGGAAGGCGAGCGAUUGUGUAAAGCAGGAGAUUGUCGAGCUGGCGUGUCUUUCUUUGAAGCUGCAGUUCAGGUUGGAACAGAAGAUCUAAAAACACUUAGUGCUAUUUACAGUCAGCUAGGCAAUGCUUAUUUCUACCUGCAUGAAUAUGCAAAAGCCCUGGAAUACCAUCACCAUGAUUUAACGCUAGCAAGGACCAUUGGAGACCAACUAGGUGAAGCUAAAGCUAGUGGUAAUUUGGGAAACACCUUAAAGGUGCUUGGGAAUUUUGAAGAUGCUAUUGUUUGCUGUCAAAGGCACCUAGAUAUUUCCAGAGAGCUUAAUGACAAGGUUGGAGAAGCAAGAGCACUUUAUAAUCUUGGAAAUGUGUAUCACUCCAAAGGAAAAAAUGUAGCCUGUGCUGGGACUCAUGAUCCAGGGGAACUUCCAGAUGAAGUAAAGGCUGCAUUACAAAAAGCUGCAGAUUAUUAUGAGGAAAACUUGACAAUAGUGACAGAGUUGGGUGAUAGAGCAGCCCAGGGACGUGCGUAUGGAAAUCUGGGGAAUACACAUUACCUUCUAGGCAACUUCAGGAAUGCUGUUAUAGCCCAUGAACAGCGUCUCCUAAUUGCAAAAGAAUUUGGUGAUAGAGCUGCUGAAAGAAGAGCAUACAGCAAUCUUGGAAAUGCCUACAUAUUCCUGGGCGAAUUUGAAACAGCUUCUGAAUACUACAAGAAGACACUACAACUGGCUCGACAGCUUAAAGACAGAGCUGUGGAAGCACAGGCUUGUUACAGUCUUGGAAAUACAUACACUUUGCUCCAAGACUAUGAAAAAGCAAUUGACUAUCAUCUGAAGCACCUUACAAUCGCUCAGGAACUGAAUGAUAGAAUUGGUGAAGGAAGAGCGUGCUGGAGUUUAGGAAAUGCGUACACAGCAUUAGGAAAUCAUGACCAAGCUAUGCACUUUGCAGAAAAACAUUUAGAAAUUUCAAGAGAGGUAGGGGAUAGAAGUGGAGAAUUAACAGCUAGACUUAACCUCUCAGAUCUUCAAAUGGUGCUUGGUCUAAGCUACAGCACAAACAACUCCAUGAUGUCAGAAAUCCAUGCUGUAGAUAAUAGUUUGAAUGGUGCAAGAUCCAGAGUAGGACGCCGUCACAGUAUGGAAAACAUGGAACUUAUGAAAUUAACACCUGAAAAGAUUCAGAACUGGAACAGUGACAUUCUAGCUAAACAGAAACCCCUGGUUGCCAAACCUUCAGCAAAGCUGCACUUUGUAAAUCGACUAAAAGGCAAAAAGUACAAAAAUGGCAAAUCCUCCAAAGUUCUGCAGGAUGCUAGUAAUUCUAUUGAUCAUCGACUUCCAAGUUCUCAGAGGACUAACACGGCUGCUACUCUGAAGCAUGAAGAGAGAGACAGAGACUCACAUUGUGUGUGUGACGCUCAUUGCCCCUUUAAGUACGCUGAGCCCACUAAAAACAGUCCUGAUAUGACUGGAGAUGAAGGGUUCUUUGACUUGCUGAGCCGGUUUCAAAGCAAUAGGAUGGAUGAUCAGAGAUGCUGUUUCCAGGAGAAGAGCAGAAUGACAGCUGCAACAUCAUCCUCCACCCCACCUAAAACAAUGAGAAAAUCCUUUUCUACUUCCAUGGUCUCACCGCACACUGAUGAAUUUUUAGAUCUACUUGCAAGCUCACAGAGCCGCCGCCUAGAUGAUCAACGAGCCAGCUUUAGCAAUUUACCUGGGCUUCGUCUCAAUCAGCACAACAGUCAGUCAGUCCUUGGCCACCUAAUGGCUAGCAACAACAGAGAAUCAGAUGAUGACUUCUUUGAUAUCUUAAUAAAAUGUCAAGGUUCCAGAUUAGAUGAUCAAAGAUGUGCUCCACCAUCAACUGCUACAAAAGGACCAACUGUACCUGAUGAAGAUUUCUUCUGCCUUAUUUUGAGAUCACAGGCCAAGAGAAUGGAUGAACAGAGAGUCCCUUUACCCUCCAGUAUAAAGAGACUAAAUCCUAACGAAGACUUUUAGAAAGAGAAGCCUUGUUGGAAUUUCAACUACAGCACAAAGAUUAGGGGGUCGGCUUGUAGUGUAUUUUUUAACAAAGAAUCUGUCACUUUCCUUUGUUUGCAGGGAAAAUGAUAAUAUGCCUUUAAAGGAAAAAAGGGUUUUUUGUAGCACUAAUAAUGUUUGGAUAUUCAGUUAAGUGUAUUGUGUAAAUAGUUUUACUUUUCAAAAAUAGUGCUAGUAAAUUGACAGUUGUACAUUCCUGUGAUGAGUAUUCUGCAAAAGGUACGGUCUACAGUUGCUACUACUGCUAGAGAUGAACUGUAUGUCAAAGCUUAAAAUGAGUCACUGAGUACUUUCUUAACUAUCUAAAGUGGAUAGCAUUGUGAUCAGUAAGAUGUAGUGUUUAAGGUACUCUGCUUCAUUGAUUAAAAUGCUACAAGUUUAUGGCAGUUUAACAGUAAUACAAAUUUCAUAGUUCUAAAUGUCCUUUUAAAAAACUUUUUUUCCCAAUUUGUAUGUUUACCUUUCUAGAACGAACAUUUAGUCCCUGGACUUUUUUAUAUCAGUUUUUUUUUUUUUUUAAAACCCACAAACUGAGGAAUAAAUUACCUCUGACUGCUUA